AUGAACCACCAAGAUCAGUCACAUUCAAACGAAAUCCAUUCGUGUCGUCCUAUUCCACCGCGACCAGCAACAAUUACAAGAAUCAUUCCUUCAUCAAUGCUACGUCCAAUAGUACCACAUGAACGUCAAAUACGAGUUUGUUCAGUGAAGGUGACAAUGGCAAAUGAAAGUAUCGGCCAAAGAACGCAAUAUCUAGAAACAAUACCUCGCAUACCACAGCAGCAGCAAAGAUCUUUUAUUAAUUCAUCAACGGUGCAUCAGAUACGUUUUGCUAAUCAUCAAUCUGUUUCAACGACUGAACCGCACGGAAACAGUGUGAAUCUUCGAAAUAGUUCACUGCAUUUAGUUAACAACGUCGUCGGUGAUGAUGAUAUCUGUGCAAUAGAUCAAGUUUUGUCCAUCCAUGAUCAGCAAUCACCAUCGUUAUCUCCAACUAUUAAUACUGAUAAAGCAAAUGUACAAACAAAUAAUGAGAAAACUCCUUUUUCUGCAUUUCUCAUUGAUAACUGUGAUGAAGAAGAACCUCCUAAACGUUCAUCUCCGCCGCAGUUUCCUCUAUCAGAUUGUUCAAUAGCCACAAAAGUAGUGCAAUCGUUUGAUGAUAGUAACGAGAAUGAGCAAUGUGGUUCAUUAAUGAGCGAGUUUAAUGCUGGUGAUGCCGAACAAGAAAAAAUACUCCACCGACGAAAAGAAUUUUACCAAAGAUUAAGAAAACAAAUCAAACUUGUUAAACAAUCAAAAGGUACAGUAUGCGAAUCACAAAGUGAUCAAAAUCGAAUCAAAACAACUGCAAAUAACAACACUACUGCUCACCACGAAUCACCUUCCGAAUGGGUUGUUGAAUAUAAGAAUUCAGAUAUGAAGAGACUUCCACAAUCGACUGUUACAUUAAAGAAGACAGCAACAAUUGGCACGAUGACGGAUGAUUAUGAAACAAACGAAAUUAAUACAAUUAUAGAGCAAGUCAAGAAUCAACAAUUAGAAUUAAACCAAUUACGAAAAUCUCUCAUAGCAAUGCUGAAUGCAAAACAAAGUGACAACGUGAAUAGUAACCACGAUCAUCUUUUGAAAUUGCUCGAUCAACCAAUACUUUCGGGGUGUUGGCUGUGCUCAGGCAAAUCGUAUACUGAAGUUGCUGCGCAAUGCAAUAGUACUGAAUCGUAA